AUGGGGAUAUCUAAGAAAUGGGGAUGUGGGAUGCUUCUUUUCAUAUGCAUUGUUUUUCACAUGAGUGUGAUUACGCAUGGAGAUGAAAGAAUCCAGACUACAGGAUGGGGUCGUAAUGAUUGCCGUUUUCGCAGGAGAGGGUGUGGCGGCUUUGGUGGUAGAAGAGGUGGAGGAUUUGGCAGAGGUGGUGGAGGGCUUGGUGGUGGUGCUGGAGGUGGACUUGGAGGAGGUGGUGGUGGAGGACUUGGUGGUGGAGGUGGCAUUGGAGGGGGUUCUGGUGGUGGAUUUGGAGCCGGAGGUGGAGUUGGUGGCGGAAGUGCCGGAGGUGGUGGCAUUGGUGGAGGCGGUGGUGGAGGAAGUGGGGGAGGUGGUGGUUUAGGGGGAGGUGCGGGAAGUGGUGGUGGGUUUGGAGCUGGAGGUGGAGUUGGUGGUGGAGGUGCAGGAGGUGGUGGCAUUGGUGGAGGCGGUGGUGGAGGAAGUGGGGGAGGUGGUGGUCUUGGAGGAGGUUCGGGAAGUGGUGGUGGGUUUGGAGCUGGAGGUGGAGUUGGUGGUGGUAUUGGUGGUGGUAGUGGUGGAGGUAGCGGUGGAGGUGGCGGUCUAGGCGGAGGUUCAGGAAGUGGUGGAGGAUUUGGAGCCGGAGGUGGAGUUGGUGGCGGUAGCGGUGGUGGUGGUGGCUUAGGAGGAGGUUCAGGUAGUGGUGGUGGGUUUGGAGCCGGAGGUGGACUUGGUGGCGGUAGUACAGGAGGUGGUGGUAUUGGUGGCGGCGGUGGUGGAGGUAGCGGUGGAGGGGGUGGUCUAGGAGGAGGUUCAGGAAGUGGUGGUGGAUUUGGAGCUGGAGGUGGAGUUGGUGGCGGUAGUGGUGGAGGUGGUGGUCUAGGGGGAGGUUCAGGAAGUGGUGGUGGUUUUGGAGCUGGAGGUGGAGUUGGUGGUGGUGCAGGAGGUGUUGGAGUUGGUGGUGGUGGUGGUGGAGGCAGCGGAGGAGGUGGUGGAAUUGGAGGUGGCUCAGGAAGUGGUGGUGGGUUUGGAGCCGGAGGUGGUGUAGGUGGUGGAGCCGCGGGUGUAGGAAGUGGUUUGGGAAGUGGAGGUGGAGGAGGGUUGGGAGGAGGAGGUGGUGGCGGAAUUGGUGGCGGUCACGGCGUUGGUGGAGGAGUGGGUGUAGGCAUUGGCAUCGGAGUGGGAGUAGGCGUUGGCGGCGGCGGUGGUGGUGGAAGAAACUAA